CAGUUCAUUCGACGACUCAUUCGCUCGCUCUUCCACUGAGUUGUCAAACACGUUAGAUAUUAAAAUAUAGAUGGCCAGCUAGCUAAGGAACUAUUUGACUCUUCAACAACGUUUUCCCAUUUAACAAUAGCUGUUCUCGUCUUACUAUGACUCUCAGGUGAUCUUCAGAGAGUCCAGGUGGUUCUGGGGUCCAGGUUCGUGUCGUGAGAGGGAGAGCUACAGAGGGGAGGAGGAACGUCUGGGGGCGUCGCUGCCCGGGUUCUCAAGCGGUGCUCAGUGGGCUUGGUGACUCAUCUGCAGAAUGGAGAAAGAAGACCUGAAGAUCGUGAACAAGGAUGAGGAGGAUGAGAUGGAGCUCCAGGGGUACCGUGUGUGUCGGUGGCGUGUGGCGGUGGUGGGUCUUUGGGUUCUCUGUACGGGGGGCUUCCUUCUGCUGCUGCUCUACUGGAUGCCAGAAUGGUGUGUGAAGGCCACCUGUAGCCGGACCACUGUCAGAGAGGCCGAAGUGGUGCUGCUCCAAUCCACUGAUGAGUUUAAGCGCUGGUUCCUAGCCAAGGUGCGUGUGAUGCUGGCCCCUGGGAGGAACCCCUUUGACAGCCUGGAGACCCAGACCACUCCCCCCAUGGCCAACGGACACUCCCCCCACUCCUCGAACAGCCCCACCCAGGAGUUCAACAGGAAGUACGCAGAGUACCAGCCCACUCAGAUUCGCUAUUUUACACUCCAUAGCACAAAGUACUACUGGAACGACGAGGUCCAGAAUUUUGAGGUGUUAACGGGCUUGGAAGACCUGGAGGUGACCUGUUCCAACAUCCACUCAGAGCACAGCACGGGGCUCACCAGCAACCAGCAGGAGUACAGGAGACUGUUUUUCGGAGUGAAUGAAAUUGCAGUGAAAGUGCCUUCAGUUUUCAAGCUGCUAAUCAAAGAGGUCCUCAACCCUUUCUACAUCUUCCAGCUCUUCAGUGUGAUCCUGUGGAGCGCCGACGAGUACUACUACUACGCCGUAGCCAUCGUCUUCAUGUCGGUCAUAUCCAUAGCUACCUCUCUGUACACCAUUAAAAAGCAAUACGUCAUGCUUCACGACAUGGUGGCAGCACACAGUAUUGUCCGUGUUUCAGUCUGCAGAGCCAACAACGACAUCGAGGAGGCCCUGUCCACUGACCUGGUGCCCGGCGAUGUCAUGGUCAUCCCUAGCAACGGGACCAUCAUGCCGUGCGAUGCGGUGCUGGUCAGCGGCACCUGCAUUGUCAACGAGAGCAUGCUGACAGGUGAGAGUGUGCCGGUCACCAAGACCAACCUCCCCAACCCAGGUGAGGGGGACAAGGAGGGUGACGGGGCCUACAGCAUGGAGGAGCACAAGAGACACACCCUCUUCUGUGGCACGCACAUCAUCCAGACCCGUUUCUACUCAGGGGAACUGGUCAAGGCAGUGGUGGUCCGCACAGGCUUCAGCACAGCUAAGGGCCAGCUGGUGCGCUCCAUCCUCUACCCCAAGCCCACGGACUUCAAGCUGUACCGCGACGCCUACCUCUUCCUGCUGUGCCUGGUGGCUAUAGCCGGUAUCGGCUUUGUCUACUCCAUUGUCCUCAGCAUCAUGAACAAGGUACCAGCCAAGACCAUCAUCAUCGAGUCCCUGGACAUCAUCACCAUCACCGUGCCCCCCGCGCUCCCCGCUGCCAUGACGGCGGGCAUCGUGUACGCCCAGCGCCGCCUCAAACGCAUCGGCAUCUUCUGCAUCAGCCCCCAGAGGAUCAACAUCUGUGGCCAGCUCAACCUGGUCUGCUUCGACAAGACGGGUACACUCACAGAGGAUGGACUAGACUUAUGGGGAGUCCAGAGAGUGGAGAAUGGCUCUUUCCACCUGUCAGAGGAGAAUGCUUACAAAGAGAGUCUGGUCAAGUCCCAGUUUGUAGCCUGCAUGGCCACCUGCCACUCUCUUACCAAGAUUGAUGGCCAGCUGUCCGGAGACCCUCUGGACCUGAAGAUGUUUGAGGCCACAGGUUGGAUCCUGGAGGAGGCCACUGAGGAGGAGACCUCGCUCCACGACCGCAUCAUGCCCACCGUGGUGCGGCCCCCCAAGCAGCUGAUGCCCCCCGAGCCUGUCAUGUCACCCGAACAGGACAUGGAGCUGUAUGACUUGUCGUUGGCCUAUGAGAUUGGUAUUGUGCGUCAGUUCCCCUUCUCCUCGGCGCUGCAGAGGAUGUGUGUGGUAGCCCGUCUGCUGGGGGAGAAGCGCAUGGAUGCCUACCUCAAGGGGGCGCCCGAGGUGGUGGCCAGCCUCUGCAAGAAAGACACUGUUCCAGAGGACUUUGCGGAUGUUCUGGAGGACUACACCAAGCAGGGCUUCCGGGUCAUCGCCCUGGCCCACCGCCGCCUCGAGUCCAAACUCACCUGGCACAAAGUCCAGAACGUCAACAGGGACCAGAUGGAGGCCAACAUGGAGUUCCUGGGGCUGAUCAUCAUGCAGAACAAGCUGAAGGCUGAGACCGCCGGGGUACUGGAGGACCUCCGCAGGGCACACAUCCGCACCGUCAUGGUCACUGGUGACAACAUGUUGACGGCCAUCUCAGUGGCCAGGGACUGUGGCAUGAUCCCCCCUCAGGACCGAGUCAUCAUCGCCGACGCGCUGCCCUCCAAAGAUGGUCAGUCGGCCAAGAUCAACUGGCGCUACGCAGACAAACCCAGCAAACAUGUGGGCAAAGCCCCACGCCUGGAGGAAAUAGAGAUCAGUCUAGAGGAUGUGUGUCACACUGACGAGCCCACGUCUCAGGACCAGUACCACUUCGCCAUGAGUGGCAAGUCCUUUGCUGUCAUCUCUGAGCACUUUCAGGAUGUGCUGCAGAAGUUGGUGCUGCGUGGGACAGUGUUUGCCCGAAUGGCCCCCGACCAGAAGACCCAGCUCAUUGAAGCACUGCAGAGUGUGGACUAUUUUGUGGGCAUGUGUGGAGAUGGCGCAAAUGAUUGUGGUGCUUUGAAGAGGGCUCAUGGUGGGAUCUCUCUCUCCGAGCUGGAGGCCUCUGUAGCCUCUCCCUUCACCUCCAGGACCCCCAACAUCUCCUGUGUGCCCAGCCUCAUCAGAGAAGGGCGAGCGGCUCUCAUCACCUCCUUCUGUGUGUUCAAGUUCAUGGCCCUCUACAGCAUCAUCCAGUACAUCAGUGUCACCCUGCUCUACUCUAUCCUCAGUAAUCUGGGAGACUUCCAGUUCCUCUUUAUCGACAUCGCUAUCAUCCUCCUCAUUGUCUUCACCAUGUCUCUGAACCCAGCGUGGAAGGAGCUGGUGUCGAGGCGUCCCCCCUCAGGUCUGAUCUCAGGCCCUCUGCUGUUCUCCGUACUGACUCAGAUCCUCAUCUGUCUGGGCUUCCAGACCAUCGCUUUCCUCUGGGUCCGACACCAGGCCUGGUACGACAUCUGGACGCCAGAGUCUGAUGCCUGCAACUCGUCCCCCCAUGCCAACUUCUCCCCGAAGCACAACUCCUCUGAGGACGACCACAACAUCAAGAACUACGAGAACACCUCCCUGUUCUACGUCUCCUCCUUCCAGUACCUCAUCGUGGCCAUUGUCUUUUCCAAGGGGAAGCCCUUCAGACAGCCCAGCUACAAAAACUGGCCCUUCGUGGUGUCAUGUAUUGGCUUGUACAUAUUUCUGUUCUUCAUCAUGUUCUACCCUGUGUCUGCUAUUGAUGAAUUCCUAGAGAUUGUGUGUGUUCCAUUUGAAUGGAGAAUUGCUCUGUUCUUCAUCAUCGUAGUCAAUGCAGCCGUGUCUGUCUUGGCGGAGACCCUCGUCCUUGACGUCGUCUUAUGGAAGCUUGUGUUCAGCCGAGACAAGCAGGGCAACUAUGGCACCACCCCCGCCACCCCGACAACACAGGGUGGCAUAGACCUCUGGGGACCCAAGUGUCUGUCGUGGCUGUGCUGCCGGCAGAGGAAGGUACCCAAGGCACUGUACAUGCACCUGGCCCAGGAGCUGAGCGUGGACCCCGACUGGCCCCCCAAACCCACCACCACCACCGAAGCCAAUCCGCCGCCGCCCGGCAACACCCCAGAAAACUGCUCCUCCUGCCAGAUCAUGGCCGAUUCCUAGCACCCCCCCGCCCCCGAUCUUGCUAAAGCAGAUAUACAUACACGACCAAAAGGACAAACUGUUGUCUAUGAAAAGGACGAGGCGAAAGACUAUGAAAGAUGGGGUGAUGGUAAAAAUGGUUUGUGGGAUGGACAAAUGGGAGUGUCCAGGUAUCUGGUCUCUUCAUGCUCUUUGCUGCUCAGAUCCAUCAGUGUUCAGAACCUGGCUAGUCUACAUAAGCCCCACCAACCAAACCCCUCAACCUGCCACCACCCCCUGGUCUACAAAGGUUUGUCUACUACACAAAUACAUCCCAAGGAUAGUUUACUCCAGCGAUUCUCAACUGGUGGGUCACAACCCAAAUUUUGGUCACGGGUGGUUUUGAAUGGGUCGCAGUUGUCUGGACUUAAACGACUAAAACUAGUUAGAAAGUGAUUAAAUAAUGUAAUCUGACCUAUUUUUCUUCAAUCACUAUUUUCAAUAUAGAGCUAAAUAGCAGCGCUAUGUUAAUUGAUUUUGUGGUCUCAAACCAUUGAGUUUAUUAACAUACAUUUUUCCAGAUUGCAUUGCUAAUUUUCUUUGUGAUGCAAAUACACUAUAUGACCAAAGGUAUGUGGACACCUGCUUGUCAAACAUCUCAUUCCAAAAUCAUGGGCAUUAAUAUUGAGUCGGUGCCCCCUUUGCUGCUACAACAGCCUCCACUCUUCUGGGAAGUCUUUCCACUAGAUGUUGGAACAUUGCUGUGAGGAUUUGCUCCAUUCAUACACAAGCAUUAGUGAGGUCAGGCGCUGAUGUUGGGCAAUUAAGUCUGGAUCACAAAGGUGCUCAAUGGUGUUGAGGUCAGGGCCCUAUGCAGGCCAGUCAAGUUCUUCCACACCAAUCUCGACAAACAAUUUCUGUAUGGACCUUGAUUUGUGCACAGGGGCAUUGUCAUGCUAUAACAGUGAAGGACCUUCCCCAAACUGUUGCCACAAAGUUGGAAGCACAGAAUCGUCUAGAAUGUCAUUGUAUGCUGUAAUGUUAAGAUGUCCCUUCACUGGAACUAAGGGGCCUAGCCCGAACCAUGAAAAACAGUGCCAGACCAUUAUUCCUCUUCCACCAAUCUUUACAGUUGGCACUAAGCAUUGGGGCAGGUAGCGUUCUCUUGGAAUCCGCCAAACCCAGAUUUGUCCUUCGGUCUGCCAGAUGGUGAAGCGUGAUUAAUCACUCCAGAGAACGCGUUUCCACUGCUUCAGAGUCCAUUGGCGGCGAGCUUUACACCACUUUAGCCGACUUAUGGCAAUCUUAGGCUUGAGUGCGGCUGCUCGGCCAUGGAAACCCAUUUCAUUAAGCUCCCGACGAACAGUUCUUGUGCUGACGUUACUUCCAAUGGCUGUUUGGAACUCGGUAGUGAGUGUUGCAACCGAGGACAGAUGAUUUUUACGCGCUUCCGUACUCGGCGAUCCCGUUCUGUGAGCUUGUGUGGCCUACCACUUCGCGGGUGAGCCUAGACGUUUCCACUUCAAAAUAACAGCACUUACAGUUGACCGGGGCAGCUCUAGCAGGGCAUAAAUUUGACGAACUGACUAGUUGGAAAGGUAGCAUCCUGUGACGGGGCCAUGUUGAAGGUCACUGAGCUCUUCAGUAAGGCCAAUCUACUGCCAAUGUUUGUCUAUGGAGAUUGCAUGGCUGUGUGCUCGAUUUUAUACACCUGUCAGCAACGGGUGUGGCUGAAAUAUCGGAAUCCACUAAUAUGAAGGGGUGUCCACAUACUUUUGUGUAUAUAUAUACUGUAUCAAAUCGCGACUGAGCCAACCUGGUUUAAUUUGUGUCCGGGGCAAAACCAGUUGAGAACCACUGGUCUACUCUAUAUCCACUCCCCUUCUCCUCACCCGGUGUACCUGCAGUCCAAUAGUCCUUGGUGUCGACAGGCUGGGUCCUGUGGCAGAGUCAGACCUCCGGCUGAAAUAGGCAGCAACCGAACACACUCCAAUCUUAGUUCUUAUUUCUACAGUUGUAGUUGCUGCUGCCGUGAUUCCUAAAGAGGCUCAAGAUCUUUUCCCAUUGCUUUUGUUUGUAAGCAGCCACCAGACAUCUCCACUAAGGUGGUUAUCAUCAUACAGGAGACUCGAAGCAUGGAUGUGCAUGAACCCAGCUCCAUAUAGCCAUUGUUACAUGGUGGUUGGAACACUACUGCUUACCCAACAGUACUGUAAUCUUAUUAUUGCUGAACCAGAACCUUUUUGUAUUAUGAAACAGUAUGUGCGCAGAAGAGGCAGCAUGCAAACGGCUUGGAAUCAUGUGUAGCAGCAACCCCCCCCCCCCAUGUAGAAACCAUCCAUAGGCGAAUAGACUUGCAAAAUCGUGUCAAACUGGCCACACAUGGGCUAGCAUUGCUCCUCAUAAAAACUGUCUUUGGAAGGGAAAAAAAUUAUCCUGUAUUGCAUUUCUUCCCAUGGAAGAAGAAACAAGGUAUGAUAAUGGCAUUGUGAAAUUCAUUAGCUUAGCUGUAUGCUCUCUCCAUACAGCCGUGCAACUGGCAACACACACUGUACAACCGAUACACACUGCGCAAUAGCCAUAAUAGCCUGCAUGUAUAACCACUGCACAGUCAAAAGAGAAAUCAAAGGGCUAAUACUCAUUGUCCAUGAGAGGAAGCUGCUGGGUGGAGAUCUAGGAUGACUGGCUCAAAUCAAAUACAAUCUAAUUUCAUUUGUCACAUGCUUCGUAAACAACCGGUGUAGACUGAGUGAAAUUAUUACUUCUGGGUCCUUUUCCAACAAUGCAGAGUUAAAGAUAAAAAAUAAUUACAAUAGAAAUACUAACAAGGAAUAAAUACGAAUAACAAUAACAAGUAACAAAACAUUGCUAUGUUCAGGAAGUACCGUGCAGGAGUACAAGGUAAUUGAGGUCGAUAUGCACAUCAAGUAGGUGUAAAGUGACUAGGCAACAGGAUAGAUAAGACCGUAGCAGCAGAGUAUGUGGUGAAAGUGUGUGUGGCAUCAGUAUGCAUGUGUGCCCGAGUUUGUGGGUGUGUGAUUGUGUAGGUAGAUUCCAGUGUGUGUGCAUCGAGUUCAUGCAUAGAGUUAGUGCAGAAAAGGGUCAAUGCCGGAAGUCCAGGUAGCCAUUUCCUUAUCUAUUUACCAGUCUUGUUUAGCAGUAGUGCUAAGCGAUUAGUGUUUUUUUGGAGGUUGUUUUGGUUCGAUUAUUAAAAAAUAAUCACGGUUUUAGGUUGCGAUUAUUUGGGUUAAAUGCUGCACAUUUACUGCUGAUCACUUAUUAACCAUUUAUUCACAUUACUUUAAUAUAAAAUAUAUUUUGUGUAUUACAUUUGUUUUAUUUGAUGACUUUAUUUCAUUACAAGUCAUCAUCUCAUGUCUAUAGAGCUGCUGUCUGACAAAAUCACUAUUCUGUAGCUCGUCAAAGUAAAUAAUACUUAUGACUGCUGAAUAACAACGAUCAAUCACUUUGAUCAUGUAUUUUCUGGUAGGGAUACCUCGCGAAGCAACAGCUGCUCUGGCACCUCACGAUCGUGCAUUCUUGUCUCUUCCUGUAGCAGGCGUAAAAGAAACAUAGACCGGACAAGUAGAUGCGCAAUGGAUUAUGGUCAUUGUAGUUAAUUAACAUGUUAUAUGCACUAAACUAUGUAGAAUACUGGCCUGUUGGAAACUACAUCGCACAGUUCAGGCCGGAUCUGAUUUAUCUCGAGAGAAACUGUAGAAUGUGCUCAUUGAGCAUACAGAAAAAAAAUUAACAGAAUGGAAUUCAAAUAAUUGAACCAACUUCAGCCAAUUAGUUGCUUAAAACAAUGAAAAAUAAACUUAAUUGCUCAGCAAUAUUUAGUGGUCUUAUGGCUUGGGGGUAGAAGCUGUACAGGAUCCUGUUGGUUCGAGACUUGGUGCACACUGGCACUGCUUGCUGUGAGGUAGCAGAGAGAACAGUCUAAAACAUGUGAGAAAAAUGUCUGAACGUGCUUGAUACCAUUUAAUUCUAAUUCCAUUACAAUGAGCCAAUCCUAUACCUCUGCCACCAUUGUUGUCCAUAUACUCGAAGAUACAGUGCACAAACAUGCACACACACACUGUCACGAUUCAUAUAUUCUCAACAGCUAAAUUGGUUCACAUUAUUUCAUAACAUAAAAUGUACUAUGUGCAUUGCUGUCCACCCUCAUGUGUUCACCAUAUUGUAGAUGUCAUAUUUUCUGCCGGUCAGUUGUGUACUAUAAGCCAGUCUUUCUCCUCAUAGUAGCAGAUCAGGUAUCGUCAGAGAUCCUAGUUUGUGUUAAUCCAAAAUGUGUUUCAGAAUUGUCAGAAACACGGUACUGAGAGAUACCGCUAGAAUGCUAGUUCAAAUCAAAAAUAAUUUUAGACAAUGACAUGUUAAGGCAGUAUUAAUUUAUUCUGUUUUUUUUCUGCAUCAAUCACUUUUGUUUAUUUUUUAAAGAUUCAUAUUUAAAUUUCAAGAAUAACAAACGGUUGUUACUUACAAUGUUCUAGUUAUACAUAAUUACCAGAUCAACCCUUUCAGAUCUCUAUUGUAAUGUUAAUGAUUUCCUGUGUGUUGGUAGUAUGGCAGGUCCUACGGGCCCUAGUUUUGUCGCACCAGGACUACUGCUCAGUCGUGGUCAGGUGCCACAAAAAAGGACUUAGGAAAAUUGCAACUGGUUCAGAACAGGGCAGCACGGCUGGCCCUUGGAUAUACACAGAGAGCUAAUAUUAAUAAUAUGCAUGUCAAUCUCUCCUGUCUCAAAGUGGAGGAGAGCAUGCUUGUAUUUGAAUGCACCAAGCUGUCUGUUUGAACUACUGGCGCACAGCUCAGACACCCAUGCAUACCCCACAAGACAUGACACGAGGUCUCGUCACAGUCCCCAAGUCCAGAACAGGCUAUGGAAGGCGCACAGUACUAAAUAGAGCCAUGACUACAUGGAACUCUAUUCCACGUCAAGCAACUCAUGCAUGCAGUCAAAUUAGAUUUAAAAAACAGAUUAAAAAAACACCUUAUGGAACAGCGGGGACUAUGAAGCAACACAAACAUAGGUGCAUACACACGUACACAUGGAUUUUGUACUGUAUAUAUGUGGUAGUGGUGGAGUAGGGGGCUGAGGGCACACAGUCUGAAUGUAUUGUAAUGUUUUUAAAAUUGUAUAAACUGCCUUAAUUUUGCUGGACCCCAGGAAGAGUAGCUGGCAGCAGCUAAUGGGGAUCCAUAAUAAAUACAAAAUAUGAUAAAGGUGUAUACAAUGCACACUAAAGAGCAUUUUCCAGAAAUUUCCAUUGAUUGACGAUAUGACCAGGGGCAAUAGUACAUCCUUAUGUGCCAAUUCACAUGUCUAAACCAACUCUAUGAUUGAAUCCAGUUUUGCUUUUAGUAAGGGUAUUUUUACUAAAUGUUUCUGAAGAAUUAUUCAUGUUGGUUAUUGUUAUUUUCUUCUGUUCAGGGGAUCUUUCCUAAAUAUCUGUAGAAGACUCCAAUUAUUUUAUUUAAAUGUGGCAUUUAGUUCAAUUCAAAAUCAAAUGUUAGUUUUGUUGAAUGAUUAUAUAAAACAAACCAUAUUUUGUCUUUCCCAAAGAGUAAAGAACAUUUUAAUCAAUGUUCAAAUGGUUGUAAACAAGUAAUAUCUGUUUCCAGAUCGGUCCAAAAAGCCGAAAUCCAAAUUAGACUGGAAUAUUAUGUGUACAUUUACAGUAUUUGUGUGUUCAAAUUUAGCUUAAAUAUUGUUUAGAGAUGUGCUUGAAGUCUGAAGUCUGUAUUUGUCAUUCAUCUAAGGGCUGUAGUGUUGCUUUCGACUCUCUAUUUGUGGUACUGUUUUGUCACGAUCAGUUGUCUGUACACUUUCUUUUCUUUUUUACCGGAACAGCAACGCUGUGUUCAUCUUUCUGAAUUAGACAUGAUUCUAUUGGGCAUUUCUAUAAUUAUUAUUUAAGCCAAUGAUGAGGUGCGAUUGUCUAGGGCCAGAAGUUAUUUCUGACCUUGUGACCUAACCAGGAAAAACUGGGCUGUAGUUAUACUUUUAAAGCCUGGAAUGUUGCUUGGUGAGGUGUGAAACUCCUUGCCCUACGACCAAUAUCUAGUCAGUACUCUGAAAACAGUUACUAUUAAUCUAAUGAUUGAAAAAAGGGAUUCCAUAUAAUAUCCAGUGCCUUCAGAAAGUCCCACCCCUUUACUUCUACACACAAUACCCCAUAAUGUCAAAUGUUGUUUUUUAGAAUUUAUUUGACAAAUUAAUUAAAAAUGAAAAUCUGAAAUGUCUUGAGUCAACUAUUCAACCCAUUUCAUAUGGCAAGCCUAAAUACGUACAGGAGUACAAAUGUGCUUAAGUUGCAUGCAAUGAUAGUGGUUAACAUUAUUGUUGAAUGACUACCCCACACAUACAAUUAUCUGGAAGGUCCCUCAGUUCAAAAGUAAUUUUCAAGCACAGAUUCAACCACAAAGACCAGGGAGGUUUUCCAAUGCCUCACAAAGAAGGGCACCUAUUGGUAGAAAACAAAAAGCAGAUGAUAUUUGAGGGUGGUGAAGUUAUUAAUUACACUUUGGAUGGUGUAUAAAUACACCCAGUCACUACAAAGAUGCAGAUGUUCUUCCUAUCUCUGUAGCCGGAGAGGAAGGAAACCGCUCAGGGAUUUCGCCAUGAGACCAAUACUGAUUUUUAAAAUUGUUAAGAGUUUAAUGGCUGUGAUGGGAGAAAACUGAGGAUGGAUCAACAUUGUAGUUACUCAACAAUACUAACUUAAUUGACAGAGUGAAAAGAAGGAAGCCUGUACAGAAUAAAAACAUUCAAAAUGUACAUCCUGUUUGCAACAAGGCACUGAAGCAAUACUGCAAAACACUUGGUAAAGAGCUUUUUGACCUAAAUACAAAGUGUUUUGUUUGAUGCAAAUCCAGCACAUCACUGAGUACCACACUUCAUAUUUUCAAGCAUGGUGGUGGCUGCAUCAUGUUAGAGUAUGCUUGUCAUUGGUGAAGACCAGGGAGUUCAUUAGGAUCAAGAUAAAUGGACUAGAGCUAAGCACAGGCAAAAUCCUAGAGGAAAACCUGAUUUGCUUUCCUGGGAGACAAAUUCACCUGUCAACAAUAACCUAAAAAACAAAGCCAAAUAUACACUGCAGUUGCUUACCAAGACAACAUUGAAUAUUCCUGAUUGGACUAGUUACAGUUUUGACUUAAAUCUGCUUGAAAAUCUAUGGCAGGACUUGAAAAUGGCUGUCCAGCAAUCAUCAACAACCAAUUUGACAGAGCUUGAAGAAUUUUAAAUGGCAUAAUAGGCUAAUAUUGUACAAGCCAGGUAUGCAAAGCUCUUAGACUUACCCCAAAAGACUCACAGCUGUAAUUGAUGCCGAAGGUGAUUCUAACAUGUAUUGAAUACUUAUAUAAUCAAUAAAUAUUUGUCUUCUAUUUUUCAUAAAUAUAUAAUUUUUCUUCCACUUUGACAGAGUAUUGUGUGUGGAUCGUUGACCAACAACUCCAACAAAAAUGUGUAAAAAGUAAAUGAGUGUGAAUACUUUCUGAAGGCAUUGUAUUGGCACCUCAGUUUGACAAAUAUUGUUUCUGGGCAGAAAUAUUCUGACAAUCUUUAGUUGAAUGUUCGUUUUCACUAGCACCUGGCACCUAAAAUAUGUAAAUGAUGCUUUGAGUUUUUAUACACAGUCUGUAUGUAAAAUCACAAUGUACAGGCUGAAGAGUGUGCAUUGCUGUGGAUAUCACAACCCCUCUCCUCUAGAGAGGGUUGUUUUGCUGCUAGGGGAAUGAUUCUCUCAACUGUCAUAACCAUGCACCUUAAUGCUUCAACUUUGAAUCAAUAAUGAUAACCCUAAAACUUACAAAUUGUUAUUCUGAUAAAUGAUAUUUUACCCAGAUAUGGCUAUCAUAGCAAUGAAGUGUAUGCUGAAACUCUAUGCUCUUAAAAGGUACAUUAUACCGGUUGUUGACAUCUGUAAUCACCUGUUUUUUUUAUUAAGUGUUUGAAACGAACCAUUGAGGCAUUUAGAACAUAUCAGCCACUGAGUCUGUAGAACUUCCAGUGGAAUUGUUUCCUCAGGGAAAUGUGUGUAUUUGUUACGUAUAGAGAAUUAUAAUAAAGUUAAUACCUAACUGAA